AUGCCGAGUGAUACUUAUAUUAAAGCGGUGGAUAAAUCCGUAGAGAAUCUCCGCGUAGGGGAUUUCGUGGCUGUAGCCACUCAACGUGCAGAUGGAAAGAAAGUGCAUUGGACACUUGGAACUGUAGACUCCGCACCGUACAUGCAUGAUAUUGAGGUCCGGCUGUGGGAAAAGAGAAGAGAUGAGGAAACCAUGGAUGAUCAGCAAGAUGCAAUGGAAACAGAAGAAGGAAGAGAAAUCGUCGAACGCAUUGGACGUGUAAAGAAAGAACUCUCUGAAAGUAUGCAGCAGGCGGCGGAAUUAACCGAACAACUGCGGGAACGGCGAAGAAAUAUAAUGAUUGCAAGUAAUGAGGCAGAGAAGCAUGUAGCCCAAUCACGUGCGGCUGUACAGGCGGCUAGCCUUGAUGUAGAUAAUAUUUCAUAUCGUAACUGGCAGGAACUCAAGUCUUAUCGAGUCCCACCCAAAAUGGUAACAACCAUUCUACGUGCUGUAAUGCUUUUGCUGGGUGAAGAUGGCGCCUCCACGUGGCCGCAAAUGCAACGAAUAUUACGAGAUGUGCACUUCAAAUCACGGAUUAUUGAUUAUGAUCCUGGUGAGAUGCUCACAACAGAGCGUUGUGAAUACAUCUUACGGGAAUGUGUGAGAAAGAGGAGUUUUCAAUAUGAUCGUGCUGUACAUGGGAGUCAGGCAAUGGGACCUAUUUACUAUUGGGUACUUGCACAAUUGGACAGUUGUGAGGCCGCACGGGAACAACAUCGUGUAGAGAAACAAAUGGCCGUACAAAAGAAAGAAUUACGUGAAGUAAUGAAAGAGAUUAAUGAACAACAACAACGUAUGGCAGAAUAUCAAAUUAUGAUGGAAAAGGCAGAUGAGCAAUUACUGGCUUACAGAGAACGUCAACGAAAGACUUCUGGUAAAGCCUCAUCUGUUAGUAGUUCUAACAACUAUGAUGCAGCACUUGAGCGAUAUAAAAACAGUUUCGCUGGUGCCGCAAAUAAAAAGUAUCUCCUUCCUGCGUUUUAUACUUGGCAACCAACUGACUACUGCAUUGUAGUUGUACGAAGAAAUGCACUCGUGGGUUUUGGACCUGUACAUGAGAAAAAAUAUACAGAAGGUAAUGAACUUGACGAACAACAGAUUCGUCUGCUUGACAUUGCCAUUCAGAGAAAUCAGCGGAACCUCAAUGCACUUUCCCAAAAUAAUGAAGAACGUGCUCGUCUUUUGAAGCAGGAGGAAAAAGAGUUUGAAGAGGGUAUCUUCAAAAAGACAAAGAAUGACGGUGAGGAUGAUACAGCUUUGAUAAGAGAUCUGCUACAAUGUCAGGUGGACGGUGAAAACUGGAAACAAGUCCUUGAUCUUAAACGUGCUGCUGUCGUUGACACCUUUGUCGAAGAGACAGCUGAGGCUCUGGAAUUACCGGAAAAGAACAUCACCGUUCUUGAGGUGAAGUGCCGUGAACAACCUGCAGCUUUAGUGGUUGAUACAGAAGUACUCCACGAUGGAUUACGGUCCAAAGAAGAAUUAAGAGACACCAUCGACAGUUUUCCAUAUCCCAAACUGCAUGCACUCUAUGGUAUUACUUCUGCAAAUCUCAUGGAUCACAACAUGCUAUUUAAAGGGGAACUAUGGGAACAAAUUCUCCAAGAAAAUAAAGAAGAAGUGGAACGAGCAUUUAACCGAGAUACCAUUAACGCACUUUAUCUUGAAGAUAAUGAUAACAUUAGCGUUAAAUCUACAGAGUACAACAAUGGUCUUUAUGUGGUAUACAAAGUACAAACUAUAACUAAGACUGAAAAUGAAAUCACAAGUGCUGUUGAUGCAUAUGACUACCCAGAAAUAUGGGCAUUGUAUGUUUCUUAUCAGGAAAAGUUGCCAGUAAUCCUAGAAAGAGUUUUUACUGGCGAGAAAUGGGAUGAAGUAUUACAAAAAGAAAGACCAAAAUUAUCAAAUGCAUUCCAAAAGGACAGCAGCAAAGCGCUUGAUUUACCAAAAACGAAUGUGAAGGUAGUAUCCAUGACUGCAACAGAGGAACAACUAGCGGUAAAAUACACAGCGCAAGACGAAAGGAGAGGACCUGAGGAGGUUUCAAAUGUACUUGCUAAGUGUCCCUACUCUACACUAAACGAAAUAUACAAAAACAGUACCACUGACAAAUCGUCUUGGAAAGAAACUGUGCAUGAGGCCCAAUUUGAAGGAGAGGACUGGGACUACACAGCAGAACUAAUUGAACCAAAAAUAAAGGAGGCUGUGGCUAAAGAGACAGCGGCUGCGCUGCAGUGUGCCCCUGAGGAUGUGACCGAUGUACAGCUCCUUACGACACCAAAGAAACUUCGUGCUAUUGUAAGAGUAAGACAUGAUCCAUCGCUGAAGGAAACACAGAUAAACGACAUCAUUAGAGAUCAUCCUUACAAUGGGGUAUGGAUGUUAUAUAAAAUACGACCUUUUGAUGAGAGCAAAAAAUUGGAAACAGCACACGAACUUGACUUUGAGGGUGAGAAGUGGAAAAGUGUGGUGGAAAAACGCCGUGCAGAGGUUGAAGAGGCUGUGGUUUACGAGACAGCCCUUGCUUUGGAUUGCAACCGUGAGGAUGUGACUGGCGUGGAACUGGACCCAGUACCUCAGGCUCUUGUCGCAAUUGUAAAAAUAAGACACACACCUCAGUUCAAACGGGACCGUAUUAAAGAACUACUCCAACAACACGAGUUCACAAAACUGUGGGAACUAUAUGAAGACCGCCCAGCAGGUGAUAAGACAAUGGAGACAAGACACGAGCUCGGCUUUGAAGGAACAGACUGGGACUACGUGGUGGAGCAGCAUCCUAAGGAGGUGGAAGAGGCUGUGGCUUCCGAGACCGCACGUGCCCUGGAAGGCGAACGUGAGGAUGUAACGAAAGUGGAGCUGGCCCCAGCACCCCAUGCUCUUAUCGCAUUUGUUACUGUGCAGCACUCUCCGCAGCUGGGAAAAGAGGAUAUUAAAACAAAAUUAACGGCGUACCCGUAUAAUGAACUAUGGGCGCUGUAUGAGGAGCGUCCACAUGACUCAUCUGAGCUAACGAAGAAAUUCGAGGGUGACGAUUGGGAUCUUGUGGUUGAGAACAACCGUGAAAAGCUUGAGAGGGCAUUCCGUAAGGAGACAGCUGAUGCACUAGGCGUGUCGCCU